UCUCAAGGUCAUUUAAAAUUCGUUCAGAGGUCGUCCAAAAAUUUAAGUCUCGCCUAAUAAGGUUCCCUUUUUGUACUCGAAUCGCGUCUUUCUAUUCUUCAAAUAUAUCUCUUGUGCCAGUAUGCCGUUUUCUUACUUCAGUGGCAUUUACGAGUCCUUACUAUUGUGUUGUGUUUCAGAUCGCUCCUGCUUCCAAGUAAACGCUAAUAGUACGUGCUACAACACUAUCAACUCCUAGUCUCGAUCUGGUAAUCGAUAAUCAAACACACUGCUCCCCACAAUCCUCUAGCAUCCAAGAUUAUUUCAGGCUGAACAGAAACUUUAUGAAAUCUAGACAUUAAAAGCAUAUGGACUUGUUUAAGUUGUAUACAAAAAAGAUUUUGGAUUCAUGGACAUCUUUGCGCCUUGGUCUAAAUCAGGAAUCUGGAGGCCCAAAUACACAACAAAAAGUAGGAUUAUUGUACGAACAUCUACCUCAGGUUGUUUUGAAGUCUAAACACGAGGAUGAGAUAAGCGACUUUUUGGAAGAUUAUUUAGAUGAUGAAUUAAAUAUUAUUUGUGAAGACAAAUCUCACGAAGAAGUUGCACGUCUAAUAUACGAAGGACUUCUUCUUUUUCGAAAUAAAAACACCAAUGAACUUCAGGAUAAAAUAGACAAACUGACAACCGGUUGUAAUCUUAAUCAAUGUUUAUCUCAAGACCAAACCGCUGAUGCUGACGAUUUGACUUGCAGUGAGUCAGACUCAGGAAGUGAGGAGGACGUUGACAUGGAGUAAAAGCUUUCUUUGCAAAAUGUAUAAUAUUUCCUUGUACAUACUAGUUUGCUUUGGUUAUAAUAAUGCAAUGUCUUUUCUCUUAUCUGCUAUUAUUAAACAUGUGUAAGUUGCAACUUCCAAAUUUAAGAAUUACGCUG